GUUGAACUCCAGGCCUGCGACCGAGACCAGCAGUGCGGAGGAGGGAUGUGCUGCGCCGUUAGCCUCUGGAUCCGCAGCCUGCGAGUGUGCACGCCGAUGGGAAAUCUGGGAGAGGAGUGCCAUCCUUUGAGUCACCGA